AUGUAUUCAAUACCCGACGAUAACGACUUCGAUGUGGCCGCUACUGAUAUUAGCGAUCGGGUGAUUGUGAUUCGCGACCGAAAGGUAGUAUUGACCAUUGAAAAAUGGCUGUCCAGGCUGACCACGGACGAGAACCGCGGUCACAACGAACUCGAUUACUUGAAGCUCUUGCAGAACAUGAUGGCUAACAAGCGAAUCGGCCCGCCUUUUCACCAGAAUCCACCUGCAGGACCGUUGUUGCCACUGGGUAAUUAUCUAUUGCAUUCGCAGCAAUCGGUGUGUGAGGGACCGCCAGCUUGGUGCAGAAACCGGGCCAAAUGUUGUAGACUCAUAAGCAAAAACAACGGUAUAAUUGAGUCACAGCCGACGCAGCAAGUAGACAGCGAGGAUAACGAUGAUGAGGACGAUGAGGAACAGAUCGCUCAAGACAUGAAUUGCAAAAUUAUCAGAAAAAGUAACAAAAAUGACUUUGAAAAUGUAAACCGCGGUUGUGGUGCGGUGCUGUCUACGAACGACGAAAAUAAAAGCUAUUGUAAAAGCGAAAUCGCCGUCACUGAUGAAAACAGUAAGUUCAGUGCAAACGACAACGGGGAAGUACAACUAAAGCACACUGAACGCGACGGACUGCACUUGGCCGGUGGUGGUGGAGCUGAAUGUGGUCCGUGCUCUGGGGGAGCCCGGGCUUCUAAAAAAAAAAUUGAGCCAGGAAAAGUCUGUGACCCGUGUUUGGACUCCAUGGGACGGCAUUUAAAACCACCGCAACCGAGUCCCCUAGACGUGGCAUAUCGGGAAUUGUUGGGCGAUUGCGCAUUACCCGUGCUUACAGAAGCCGAACAAAAAUCUGUGAACCCUGGACUGUUAUCAGUAUUGAAAUCCGUCAACGACCAAAUAACGUUGCAAGACUUUUACUUCCAGGUAAAUACUUCACCAUUUAUGUUUUCGCAGUUUCUUGGGUCUUAUUCGGGAAAUUGAAAAAAAAAAGGAACGACGAAAAUGGAAGUUAGAUAAUUGAUAAUGUUAAAGGGGUUAAGUUUAGAAGUGACAUGUAAGGCAGAAGAAAUAAAAGAGAUUAAAUAAAGAUGGUAAAAUAUGAUCUAUGAUGGACAUAAAAUACGAACAUCCAAAUUAUCCGGAUGUUCAAAUUCGGAUUGAGAGUUCCUACUGAUCAUAUAUGAUACCUACUUGUAGGAUAAACUUAUAGUGUAAACAACAUAAAAUGCAGUCUAUGCAAACAUUUUAAUUGAGAUAAAAAAAAACUAAAAUAAAUUUGUGUUGAAUUCCCUAAUUGCUGUUAUUUUAGAAUUUAUAAUCAUAUACGUGUUAUCAUAUACAUGAUACAAAACUGGCGGACAAUUUUAAAAUUAAGGAGCAUACUUUGAUUUUCAAGAGCAGCGCCAUUUAAGGGAUGUCAUUUUAUUUAAAGUAAUAAUAUUUUAUUUGACAAUGCAGGUAUCGCAAUUCACGUGUGAUCAGGCGUCGUUGCUGAUAAAAUUAUCAGAUAGUAUGAUGGACGAUUUCAGAACAUUCACAUCAGAUGUGUUCGAAAGUAGAACGGAACAUAUUAGCGACGGUCUGAUCAAGGAACAGACUGCGCUGAACGUUAAAUACACGUACUUAACACAUCGGGCGUUCAACCGGGCAACGAUAGCGUUAGACUUUCUGCGCGAGGCCCUACCGUUGUUCUGCUUUUCCAAAUACAAAACUGAUCCGGAAGCAUAUAUGAAGCGUAAAAUACUUACGGCGGUCCCAACUGUCGACGCACAAAAAGACGGUGACGGAGGUGGAAACGGCGAUGACGGAGCGGACGGUGGUGAUGGUGGCCACGACGAGAACGAGAAAGGCGCACAACAGUCGGCUGUCAAGAAGUUAUUGUACGCUCUGAAUUGGCUACGGGCCGAAGUUUUACGUGUUGACUGCGAGGGCCAGCAGCUGUUUGAACAGCGAAACCGGCUUACCACCAGUUUGGCUGAUUAUAACGGACAACUAUCUACGGCACAGUGCCAGGCGGCUGUAGAUAUUGAUCGGCUCAAGAAUGAGCUUACGCUACUCAGAAAAAAAUCGUCGGACCAGGAGGCCAAUAUUGACCGGCUUAUGGAGGCCAUCCAAGUGUCCAUGCAGUCGCAGACGAAGUCCUCCGAUUGUUAG